CCCAGACUGAACACGACCGCGCGGAAUAAUAGGCUCACUUCUUGCAGUUUGUGCCGGAAAGCCCGAGCACGGCAGCAGGUGGUCGACGGGCCGCUCGCGUUACACCACUAUGGGACGCCUAAAGAUGCAAGCAUGCUUCACUUUCACCAUCUGAGCUGCACAUACUCAAACAUCCCUGUCCUGCUUCCCAAGUCGAGCUGUAAUGUUUAGAGAUCUCAUGCACUGCAGCAUUAAACAGACCGAGAAGCUCAGGGUCUGUUUAAAACUCUCUGCUGUCGUCGUGAUGGUUGUCAUGAUCUUUGCAUUUCUAAUCAAAAAUCAUCACUAAAAAGUUCAAAAGUAUUUACUCAUCUAGGAAAUCCAGAAGACCGGUACUCAAAACAGACCUUCUGGCAGGUUUAAGAGGUUUUUCAAAUUCAAACACUAACUGUAAUAAGAGAAAUGUUAGUGUUUAUACUCAAAAACUGUUAAGAACAUUACAUAAGUAUGCAAUUUGAGACACAACAUUAGUUCGUUUAUUCAGUUUUGGACACACUGACUACAUUUACAUGCACAUCAAAUUCCGUUUAAGAUCUAUAUUCAGGUUGCAGCCAUAUUCUGAAUACAAUGUUUAGCUGCAUACAGGCAUCAGAAUAUUCCUGUAUAUAUGGUAGUUGUAAGUAUGGUGAGCUACACAUGUACUUUUCCUUUCCCACUGUUAUUUCCUGGGAGCUUCAGGAUGCUGCCGUUGGUUAUAGAGUAUAUUCAGUUAUUAGUUUUAUUACUACUUUUUCCACUCUAAUUUAAUUGGGACUCUAACACUUCUCACCCUCAAAAAUUCCUGACAACACCACCUCAAAAUGGAAAGGUGAGCUAAUGGCCCUGUGUGUGCUGGGAGUGGCCGCGUGGCUUAGGGAUUACCUGAACAAUGUCCUCACCUUAACUGCGGACACCAGGCUGGAAGAAGCAGCGGUCCUCACAUACUCCCCUGCGGUCCAUCCUGUUGUCAUCGCUGUGUGCUGUUUCUUAAUCAUCGUGGCCAUGGUGGGCUACUGUGGCACGCUGAAAUGCAAUCUGCUGCUCCUCUCCUGGUACUUUGGCAGUCUGUUGGUGAUCUUCUGUGUGGAGUUGGCCAGUGGUGUGUGGACAUACGAGGAGCCAUCAGUGCAGAGGUCAGACAUGAUCAGCCUGAAGUCACGCAUGCCCAACUACGGUCUGCAGCGCUACCAGUGGCUAACACACGCCUGGAACUCCUUUCAGACUGAGUUUAAAUGCUGCGGCGUGAUCUAUUUCACCGAUUGGCUCGAGAUGACGGAGAUGGAGUGGCCACCUGACUCCUGCUGCUCCAAUCAGUAUGCAGGCUGCGCUCGGCACGCCCACUACAGUGACCUGAGCGACCUCUAUCAGGAGGGCUGCGGUCCCAAGAUAUACAGUUUCAUCCGAGGCACGAAGCAGCUGCAGGUCCUUCGCUUCCUGGGUGUGUCUAUAGGAGUGGCGCAGAUCCUGGCCAUGACGCUGACCCUCACGCUGCUCUGGGCGCUCUACUACGACCACAAGCCUCCCGAUCCUACUCCACCUGACACAAUUACACACACACACUGCCUUGCCGAGGAGUCCCAAAAACCUGGCCAUGGGUACCUACGGACAUCUGACACGUGGGCUAAUGGACACAGCCAGUUUGAGAUGGAGCAGCUCUCCUAGCAAACACUGUACGAUACGAAUGAACGGUCCAGUUUCAUUACGAUUGUGUACAGCCAUCCAUUGCCGUCGUUAUGAAGAGUUAUCAACUCUCCUUUUUUUCUAACAUAUCUAAAGCAUGUGGAACUUCUUCUGUAGACUGGAACUGCAGCUCCAAAGGGGGUGAGGUAGCAGGGAAUAUACAGCACCCUAUACAAGGAUACACAUUAGGACGCUGUAGAACACUCACCACGUACCCUUAAAAGCUCUACACACUCAAACUAAGUAACCAAAGAAGAUUGUGGAGGCUACGUGAUUUUUUUAUUCAUAUUUUUACCUGACAUUUCGGGAUUUAAAGGACUAUAAUCACUAGAACGCACAUAAACUUGGGUCUUAACUUGUUUUUUAAGGGUGUAUUAAUGAACUGCUAUUCUAAGCUUUAUUUUUUUUGAUGUACAAAAAAACUACAUGUCUUAAUUCACUAGCACUGUGAUGUAAAUUAUAGAACAGUUCUAGUUUUAGACAAUAAAAUGUUACAGCGGUGGCUUUGCAUAAGAAAAGUUGAACACAAGCUGUGCUUUUUAAUUACGUAGCAUGUACACUGAAGCAUGUGUGUGAAUUACAGUGCAUUUAACAAUCAGAA